AUGAUAAUCAAGGUAUGCAGUAAUGUUAUCCGAGAUGAAAAUGGUUUACAUAUAGUGACAAAAUUGUGUGAACAGGACAAUUCAUGCAAGACCCAGCAAAACCAAAAUGAUGGCCAAUGUCAUCCGUCUGUAAGUCCGUCAGUAUGUAGAUACUGUUGCUUUACCGAUAUGUGUAAUCUUUAUGAAGACCAACCUGUGGCGACAUCCGUUGAAAUAGAGACUACAGUGGAAGUUUCCAGCUUGGUAAGAGAUGCUAGAGAAGAGACGAAUUGUUUUCGGUCAAAACUGAUGGUUCAUAAGGAAAACGCUCCAUCGGAAAUACGCGUGAUACAUCUUGUCCAUACACAGUCUGCCAUCCGAUGCGGGAUGCAUUGCAUGAUGGAGCCCGUGUGUAUAUCGGUGAAGUUUGAUGUUAUUUACUUCCACAAUGUAACUGUAAUUCCUUCUCUCGACAAACAUGGACAAUGUCAUAACAGGGCCCGGAUAUUUUUAUCCUUAUAUGUAGGCCUACUAUUGUUUAUCACCUUUCAGAUCAGUAUCCAUGGUCAUAUUGGGUGCAAAGAUAACCAGGAAGUUGGAUACUCAUGCCAAGAUGAAUACGUGUGUUGUAAUAUUGUGGAAAACGUUAACGACUACCAAUCAUGCGAAAAUCUCAUUUGCAGUGAAUACAUCACAGGAUUAGUUUAUGAAUACCGCUUUGACAAUCCAAGACUUCUAGUCGGAACAUCAAGUAUCGAGUUCAGUGUCGCUGCCUACCGCGAUGUUCAUAUUUGUCUGUCGUCAAUGCCAGAGGUUAUGAAUCCUAUGUAUGAAAUUGUUAUAGGAGGCAACACAAAUACGGUCUCUUAUAUCCGUCGUUGUGCACAGUGCAACAGCGAAACCAGCACCACCAACACUGUUGUCUCUCCGUAUGUUUUUACGAAGUUUUGGAUAUCGUUUGAUAAUGGUUUGAUAAAGGUUGGUAUUAAUGGUGAGGAUGCUUUCAUGACGUUUCAGGACCAACAUCCACUCGAUGUAUACUAUAUUGGUUUUUCUACGGGAUUUGGAAGUGGAGGUCUUUUUCGAUUUUGUCAUUGAAUGAAGUCUAAGAAUCGGACUUGCACGUUGCACUGCAAUUUUCAUUUACGACCGCGACGCAUGCGACGAGGCUCCAUAAAAGUUAUAAAAUUGAUGAAAAUAUAAAAAGAUUAAAUUGAUAAAAUCGAUGAAACAAUAAAAAUGUUGAAAUUAAAAUAACUGAUAAAAGCAUCAAUGGAAUAUUAAAACAAAUUGAAAUAUCGAGAUCAAUAUA